AUGCUGACUGCUGCUCAGCCCAAACCCAUUGUAUUCCGCGAGCUUCCAUCUAUAUCGCUUGAUGUCCUUUCCACUCGUUUAGGGCAGCGGCGUUCGACACAUGUCUCGACCGCAAGUGUAUCGCUCAAGCAGAGACUGCCUCCAAAAUCCUGGGAUAGUCACAUGCACGUUGUGGAACCCGAGCGAUUUCCUAUCUCUGCAACAGCGGUGUAUAAACCAUCCCCACAUACGUUGCGCGAAGCUCUCGCCUUUGAGUCUGGACUAGGCGUUGAGAAUCUCGUCUUUGUACAACCGUCAGUUUAUGGCACGGACAAUUCAUGUUUAUUAGAUGCCUUGCGAAGACUUGGGCCCUCGCGUGGCCGGGGGGUUGUCGUCGUCGACCCUGCCACCGUUGAACCGGAGACUUUGGACGAAUGGCAUACCCUCGGAGUUCGCGGACUGAGAAUCAACCUUCAGUCUGUGGGAAAAGUGAUGGAUAAGACCGAACUGGAAGAAACCUUACUCCAGCAUGCUGAGAUUGCCCGGCCUCGCAACUGGAUCAUCGAGAUUUAUCUUCCCCUCAAGAUGGUCUCAAUGAUCGAGUCAAUCCUCCCACGGCUAGGCGUGCGUAUUUGCAUCGACCAUUUUGGCAGCCCCGAGCUCGCGUCGUGGGAUAAUGAUGGUGCGGUAUUCAACCCCUACAAUCUUCAAGGGUUCUCGUCUUUGAUCUCUUUGCUUCGCGCUGGGAGCACAUAUGUUAAAGUGUCUGCGCCGUAUCGACUUAGCAAAGACCAUCAAAUGCGUGAUCUUCGAGCUAUGGCCCGCGAGUUCUUGUCUGUCGCACCUAAUCGAGUCAUAUAUGCCACUGAUUGGCCGCACACCCGAUUCUCUAGUGUUGAUAUUAGUCCGUUCACUGAAUGUUGCUUGGAAUUAUGCGCGACCAAGCCGGGGCUAGCGGAGCGUUUGUUUCGCAGAAACACCGAGGAGAUGCUUGGUGUAGUCUCCUAUUGA